UCUUCCGUCCACCCAAGUCGGCGGCCAGCCCUUCCGUGACCAGUCUCCUACAUUCAUAUAAGCUUUCAUACGAAAGACAACAGCUAUGUCACUCUCUCUCUCACCCUCUCUUCCUUCUUCCUCUUCCCUCUGCCCUAAUGCGCACCUUAGGCCAUCCCUUCCUCCCAUGUCUAUUCUACGCUGCCUAGCUCAUCCCUUCCCACGCCGCCUAAACCUCCGACGCCAUCGCUUCGCUUCCGUCGCUGCCGCCGCCGUUAGGCAGGAUACCACCGUCUGGACCCCUGCCCCGCUUUCCGAGGUUGAACCUGCAGCGGAGUCCCUCUUUCACGUCACUGUCGACUUGUCCGACUCGCCUGAUUUGGCCGCAUCUCACACUCGGGCCGGGCAGUACCUCCAGUUGCGAGUUCCUGACGGAUCCAAGCCUUCCUUCCUUGCUAUCGCCUCGCCUCCGAAGCUCGCUUCGGCCCGUGGCGUUUUCGAGUUUCUUGUAAAGAGCGUGCCGGGAUCUACCGCCGAGAUUCUAUGCGGGUUGAAGAGAGGGGCUGUGGUGGAACUGAGUCAGGUUAUGGGGAAUGGGUUCGAUACGAGUCGGAUAGAUCCACCUGCGAAAUAUCCAACGGUUUUUAUUUUUGCGACUGGAUCCGGAAUUAGUCCCAUUCGAUCACUCAUCGAGUCUGGAUUUAGUGCUGCUGAGAGAUCUGAUGUGAUGCUUUAUUAUGGGGCCAGAAACCUUCAAAGAAUGGCUUAUCGGGAUAGAUUCAAAGACUGGGAAUCUUCUGGUGUUAAGAUUGUCCCUGUCUUGUCUCAACCAGAUGGUAAUUGGACCGGCGAAAAUGGCUAUGUGCAGGCUGCUUUUACAAGAACCAAGCAAAUUACUGAUCCUUUGUCCACUGGUGCGGUACUUUGUGGGCAGAAACAGAUGACUGAGGAAGUGACGUCUAUUCUUACUGCUGAUGGAGUCUCAAGUGACAAGAUUUUGAAAAACUUCUGACAACUCGGCUGAAGUUUUGUUAUUGUUGUAUCAUUGUCACGUUGUAGUGAUAUAAUUAUUUGUCCAUUGCCACUGCUGAGGAUAAAGUAUGUCGGCAUGGAAUGUACAAUAAAAUUAAUUUUGGGAAACAAAGUUCCCAUAAUAGAAUUUGAACACUUUCGGCAACCAAACAGGGGAUCAAAAUUUUAAUAAAUAUUGAUUUUGCACCUACCAUCCAAGGACAGUCAUGUCUUAUUCUA